GCCGCUCCUCCCGGGCGCCCGGCUGCGUGCGCUCGCCCUCGGCGCCGCUGUCUGCGUGUGCCCCCGGCUCCCCGUAGCUCCGCGGGGAGGGGGAGGAGGGGCCGCGAGAAGCGAGAGCCGAGCCGGCAGGCCGAGGAAGGCGGGAGCGCAGGGAGGGGGGCCGGCCGAGGGAGGAGGAGAGAGCAGAGGAGGCGGCCCCGGCGGCGCGCGGCGGCGGCGGCAGCGGCGGCGGCGGCGGCGGCGCGGAGAGCUCGGACUGGGAGCCAGAGCUCGGCUGGACAGCGCGAGAGCAGGAGCCGCAGGAACUGCAGCUCCGCCAGCUUGGGCCGAGCCCAGACACACCGGCCUGGCUGCUCCGCGCCAGCCGCAGACAGAGGGUGAGCAUGGAGCUGUCCCCCCGCAGCCCUCCCGAGAUGCUGGAGUCGGAUUGCCCGUCACCUCUGGAGCUGAAGUCAGCCCCCAGCAAGAAGAUGUGGAUUAAGCUUCGGUCUCUGUUGCGCUACAUGGUGAAGCAGCUGGAGAAUGGGGAGGUAAACAUUGAGGAGCUGAAGAAAAACUUGGAGUACACAGCUUCUCUGCUGGAGGCCGUCUACAUAGAUGAGACACGGCAAAUCUUGGACACGGAGGAUGAGCUGCAGGAGCUGCGGUCAGAUGCUGUGCCUUCGGAGGUGCGGGACUGGCUGGCCUCGACCUUCACCCAGCAGGCCCGGGCCAAAGGCCGCCGCGCUGAGGAGAAGCCCAAGUUCCGGAGCAUCGUGCACGCGGUGCAGGCUGGGAUCUUUGUGGAACGGAUGUUCCGGAGAACAUAUACCUCUGUGAGCCCCACCUAUUCCACUGUGGUUCUCAACUGUCUCAAGAACCUGGACCUCUGGUGCUUUGAUGUUUUUUCCUUGAACCGGGCAGCAGAUGACCAUGCCCUGAGGACCAUUGUUUUUGAGUUACUGACUCGGCAUAACCUCAUCAGCCGCUUUAAGAUUCCCACUGUGUUUUUGAUGACUUUCCUGGAGGCCCUGGAGACAGGCUAUGGGAAGUACAAGAACCCUUACCACAACCAGAUCCAUGCAGCUGAUGUGACCCAGACAGUCCAUUGCUUCUUGCUCCGCACUGGGAUGGUGCAUUGCCUAUCGGAGAUCGAGGUCUUAGCCAUCAUCUUCGCUGCAGCCAUCCAUGACUACGAGCACACAGGCACUACCAACAGCUUCCACAUCCAGACCAAGUCAGAGUGUGCCAUCCUGUACAACGACCGCUCAGUGCUGGAGAAUCACCACAUCAGCUCUGUCUUCCGAAUGAUGCAGGAUGACGAGAUGAACAUCUUCAUCAACCUCACCAAGGAUGAGUUUGUAGAGCUCCGGGCCCUGGUCAUUGAGAUGGUUUUGGCCACCGACAUGUCCUGCCAUUUCCAGCAAGUGAAGUGCAUGAAGACAGCCUUGCAGCAGCUGGAGAGGAUUGACAAGUCCAAGGCCCUGUCUCUGCUGCUCCAUGCUGCCGACAUCAGCCACCCAACCAAGCAGUGGUCGGUCCACAGCCGCUGGACCAAGGCCCUUAUGGAGGAGUUCUUCCGUCAGGGUGACAAAGAGGCAGAGCUGGGGCUGCCCUUUUCUCCGCUGUGUGAUCGCACUUCCACUCUGGUGGCACAGUCGCAGAUUGGUUUCAUCGACUUCAUCGUGGAGCCAACCUUCUCUGUGCUGACUGAUGUGGCCGAGAAGAGCGUCCAGCCCCUGGCGGAUGAGGACUCAAAGUCUAAGAGCCAGCCCAGUUCCCAGUGGCGCCAACCCUCUCUGGAUGUGGAAGUAGGAGACCCCAACCCUGAUGUGGUCAGCUUCCGCUCUACCUGGACCAAAUACAUUCAGGAGAACAAGCAGAAAUGGAAGGAACGGGCAGCAAGUGGUGUCACCAACCAGAUGUCCAUUGAUGAACUGUCCCCCUGUGAGGAAGAGGCCCUGCCCUCCCCCGCUGAGGAUGAACACAACCAGAAUGGGAAUCUGGACUAGCCUGGGGCUGGCCCAUGUCCUCAAUGCGUCCAAAGUGUUCAAUGUCAUCAGCACCAUUCAUCGGGUCCGGCUCCCCCAUCUGCUCCAAGGGAGCACGGAGGUUGAGGAACAGACAACCCACCCGAAGGCCAAAUGCCAGAGAUUGUGGGGUUGGGGGAAGGGCCCCUCCCCACCUGACACCCACUGGGGCGCACUUUAAUUUCCCAGCAGCAAGUCUGGGAAACUUCAGGCUCCCAAUGGUCACUGUGCCCAUUCCUCUGCCUCUGGACUCCCCCCCCCAUCCACCCCUAUAGCCAGUUGGCUGGCUGGGAGAGGGGAGCUUCUUGGAGGCCUCCCAGGGCCCAGGGGGGAGGGUCAGAGAUGCCAGCCCCUGGGCCCUCCCCCAUCCUUUUUUGCCUCCAAGUUUCUAAGCAAUACAUUUUAGGGGGUUCCCUUAACCCCCCCAGAUCUUAGCUGGCAGGUCUGGGUCCCCCUUUUCCUCCCCUGGGAGGAGCUGGAAUAGGAUAGAAAGCUGGGGGUUUUCAGAGCCCUGUGUGUGGAGAGGGGAGUGGGCUCCUUCAGGGCAUGGGAUCUUUCUAGGGCCUGGGAAUGCAGGGGGUGUUCUUUACCCCAGACCUACACUGCUUUAGCACCAUCCCCAGAACCCUCCGCAUCCCAAUCUUCCUUCCCUCCCAUUCUGAAAUGUGGACUGGGGGAAGAGAGGAGGCCUUCCCUGGGGUCCACAAGAACUUGGGAUUGGUCUAGGCCCCUGGGGCUUGUCACCUACCCUGGCUGUCCUGAGCCCUUUGCCUCCUUCCUCUCCUCUCGGGCUGGGAGGCUCCCAUCCGACCAAUGUCUGUAAAGUGCUCUGAGGUCUCCCCAGCAAAGCACCUUUAGGAUGCAUUUUAUAAGCAAAGGCAGGAGAGACCAGCUGGGUUGGGGCCAAGGGUGCACGGGGAGGGUGAGGUGUAAUCCAGAAAGCCUGCAGUGUUCUCAGAAGGCCACUCCCUGCCCUCCCCCUUCCAGCACCUGCCCAGCCGCUACCGGCACCAAGAGGCCCCUCCCCUGGGACAAGUUCGGAGUGGUGGGUAGAAGGCAGAUGGAAGGGACUUAGGGCUGCUGCUGUUGUGCUUCCUAAAGAGAGCCUGCCAGGCCCUGUGUCCCUUCUUCUCAGGCUCUCUGAGCAGCCUUGUCCCAGGAAAGGCCUAAGUCCAGGUGACUGCCCUCCUCUUAUCUUGUAAAUACCAACCAUGCAUUUGUACAGUGGGCCCUGUUCGUGUGAAGUCCAUAUCCAUGGUCUCUUAGACCUACCACCUUGACACUUGUCCCUCCUCCCCCCGCCCAAGUGGGGCAGAGACGCAUGUGACUCACCCCUGCCCUUGGUCUCCCAGAACCCUGCUAUAGCCAGAGAUCAAUAAAGAAGGGAGACCAGG